GGUUUGCGUUGUUUUUGUUAAUUAGACUACUUUGUUAAAUAGCUGGCCAACAGUCAUAUCUUCGCUCGUUCGAUUGUUGUUGUUAUUUAAUAUUAAUGCCUAACUCUUUUUGUCAUUUGUUUCUUGAACCUUGCGGCGAAGAAGUAGAUUUGUUGAAACAUAGAAUACAGCGUUGCUCACUCAAACCCCCAUCCAAUGGAAAGGUCAUCCGAAUUGAAUUUCUUACAAACCGAAUUAAAUGCAGCCAAUGCCCAAAAUGAACGUCUGAUUGAGGAAAAUGCACAAUUGCGACGGGAACUGCAGCGUUUAGCUGACGAGGAGCGAUCAAAAUCGACCCUCAAUGCGGAGCUGAAAAUGAAGACGCUCCAACUGGAAAGCGAACGAGCCCUUUUGGUCGAUGAAAAUGCUCAGCUGCGACAAGAUCUCCAGCGUUUGACCAAUGACGAUAAAUCGAAAUCUAUCGUGAAUGUGGAGACGAGACUGAAGGCAUUCCAAAUGGAAAAUGAACGUGACAAUCUGUUCGAACAACUUGAGAAAAUAAAACGCAAAUACAACCAGCUGCAUGCGGCAUUUGUGGCCAAAGUCCAACGUUGCAAGGCACUCGAAGAUGUCUUCAAUCGGCAGAAAACACUAAACGGAUUAGUCAUUAAGUCGGCAAUAGUCCAAAAGGACAAGGAACAAAAUAUUAAAUCGGCAAAGAGAGCUUCACCGAAGGAGAAUAAUGCGACAGUUGCCAAUUUGCAGGAGCAUGUUGCAAAGCUGCAAAACGAACUGGAUGAGGCCCGCGAUAUAAUCGACGAACUAGAAUUUGAGUUAGAAAGUAUUGAUAUACUCGAAAUGGAAAAUCAACGUCUAAAGGACGAAUUGGCUGCCUACAAGAAAGCCAAGCUUAAACUAAGGACGACAGCAAACCUUUAUCCCGACGAACGAGACAAUUCGGAGGAAUUUGAUGCUCCGCCAAGCUACAGUGAAUUAGACGAUACCGAACGAUGUCCAGCCAGAUCGUCAAUAGCUUCAUCGCCGGCCGAAUCUAUUGCGGGCGACAUGGAUCCCGAAACAAUGGAGAGAGCGGCCCUUACGGAUAGUCUGAUACAAAUGGCCCAAGCCGAAAGCAAUUGUCUACGUCGCGAGCUGUUGCGAUCACGUUUACGGAGGACGGUUCAGGCACCCAGACCCACCAGCAGCGAUGCCUAGUCGACACUGGACAAAUCUGGUUGGUGUUUUCACUUUCAAGAUGUCAUACCAACACCAUUGCGGACCAUCACCGUCAUCAUCUCCAACUUGAACUCAAUCAAGUUCGAUAGUAUCGCACCAUUAUUGCUUUACAUAUUUAUAGCCGCAGUGCCAAUCGAUAGUAAGUCGUUUAUAAUGUUGCAAUUAAGCCAAAGAAACCGCAAUCGCUCAUUUUAAUAAAAAAGUGGAAUUGGA